CCUUCCCAGAUGAUAUGACUGCCUCCACGACAUUGUAUGGUUCUUUCUCAGUAUUCAAACAAGAAGGUAUCCGUCAAUUUUACUGUAGAUGGUCUCAAAAAGAAGAUGAUUUGUUGAUUGAAGCCAUCAAGAAAUAUGGUUGUCAUAAAUGGUCUUUGAUUUCACAAAGUAUUCCUGGUAGAACGCCAGCUCAAUGUUCUACUCGAUGGCAUGGUGCUUUAAACUCCAAAGUACACAAGGGUCGAUGGUCAACAGAAGAAGAUGAUAUUUUACUCGAUGCAGUACGCAAUUAUUUGAAUCAAGAUGCAUUCACUACUAACAAUUUACCAUGGAAUCUUAUUGCUGAACAAAUCCCUCAUCGAACAGGUAUCCAAUGUCAAUCACGAUGGACAGAAGCACUUGAUCCAGCAGUACGAAAAGGUAGAUGGAGUAAAGAAGAGGAUGAACUUUUACGCCAAGCUGUACAUCAAUUAGGAUGUUGUUGGAUUCGUGUUGCCGGUUGUAUCCCUAGUCGCACGCAACGUCAAUGUCGAACACGUUGGAAUCAAAUAAAAAAUACACGUCAACCCAAACAACGUCAGCAACAAUCACAGCUUGCCACCAAAUCAUCAUCCAUCUCUCACAACAAACACCGUCGUCCUUCUUUACCAUCAUCUCCUACUUUAUUAUCAUCUUCUUCACCAGCGAAUAUUACUACAUCUAAAACGCCUUCUAUUCCAGCCAUGAUCAUCCCUGCCUCUGAUUUCGUACCAUCCUUCUCUAUACAAUCUUCCACUCUUUCAUCCAUAUCAUCAUCACCCACAUCAUCAUCAUCAUCAUCAUCCUUAUCUUCAUCACCCUCUCCAUUAUUACAACCUUCUUUUCCACAUUCUAUUCCUUCCAUCACUAUUCCAAAAGAUCCCUUUCCUUUUCUCCUUGAUCACGAUAUGACUGAUUCCUUUUAUGCCAACGAUACUUCCUCUAUAUGCCAAGAUCAUCACGUAGAUCCUUCUUUGACUUGGUUCUAUGGUACUUCCCCUUCUUCUUCCUAAACAUCCGCCUUCUAUAUAUUAUUUAUUGUUUUGUUUACCUUCUCAUUCUUCAUACUUGUCUUCAUUUCUACUUAUUUUAAUUUGAUAAUAAACAUUCUUUUUUUUUAUUAUUUC